GCUGUCAGUAGGAAAUGCUCUUCGUGUUGGAUGGAUGCACCCCUGCGGCUGUACCUGGAUAAAUUUAUGACAUAAAUUAAUUUUCAAUUCAGAAUGUAAAAUUCUUACUUAAUCGGUCGCUUUUAUUUGAUUGGGGUGACCGCAGUAUUUCGGCAUAUCUAUUUGAGACUUUUAGCUAGCUGAAACGGGACACUAACAGCCUCAAUGCUACUAGCUAGAUCAGGCUAAAAUAAGCUAAGUUAGCAGGACAUUUGCUCUUCUUACUGCUCAGUCCGUUUAGCGGUUCCUAUCCUGGUCUAGCGUUUUCGCAUUUUGUUUAAACGGAGUAGUUUUGCAGAACCGGAGCUGUGGCGGGGAAAGGUGACUACAGGAACCUCCUGGCUAUCCAGGCGGACGGACCGCAGUGACACGCCGGUUGUUGUAAUUAGAUUGGAACCAUGGCUCAGCUGUUCACCUUAUCUCCUUCACCACCUCCACUGGGUGACCCCAGUGCAGCUCCAUCUGUUGCUCCGUCCGUGUUACCUGCUUCCAGCUGCCCCGAGUCUGUUAAGGAGAGGCCGGUACCCAAGUCUUCCCUUUACACUGACAAAGCUUUGACUGCAAGCACUUCUUCAGCACUUUCAGGAGGUUCAUCCUUGACUGCUCACCCUCCUAAAAAGGAGCCAGUAGGGAAUCAACAAGAGACCUGUGACCAAAAUGUUGUUGACCUCUCUAAUACUGAGACUGGUUCUUCAGAAGUGGCAGCUCAGACAAAAGUCCCAGAUGAAUCAUUAUCUCCUGAUUUAAAUCCUGGUCCUAAUCUGUACCCAAACGUCCAUGUUCCCUCUAACUCAAACCCUGUUGUGGACGUUGCUCGGCCACAAACGAGUUCGGAUUUCAACCCUACACCUGCUCCUCCAGAAGCAACAUCAUCAACUGAUGAGGAGAAACCUCAGCCACCAGAACAAGCACAAAAACCCCAGAAUUAUCCUCCUCCUCAACCCCCAAAGCCUGAUCCUAUCAACGAAGCAAUGAAGGAAGAUCUACCUACUACACCUACCAGUGCAGCACCGCCUAGUCCAACUGUGCCUGUGAUCCACGAGCCAGCUGCCCCACUACCUAAUCGAAAACCGGCCCCUGACACCCUAAGCUAUCUGGACUCAGCCAGCCUGAUGUCAGGAACACUGGAGUCCCUGUCCGGAUUGGGAGAGGACGGGAGCUCUCUGGGCUCAGACUCAGAGAUCAAUGGCCUAACUAUAAGACGCACUGAUAAAUAUGGAUUCCUGGGUGGGACUCAGUACAGUGAAGGAGGAGAAAAGGAUGUUCAAGUUGAAGUUGCAAGGCAAAGGGAGAUGAAAUGGCUGGAUAUGUUCUGCCACUGGGACAAGUGGGUCAAACAUCGCUUCCAGAAGGUGAAGCUGCGCUGCAGGAAGGGAAUCCCGUCUUCCCUCAGGUCUAAAGCCUGGCAGUUACUAUCUGACAGCCGAGAGCUGCUAGAGGCAAACCCAGGAAAAUUUGAGGAGCUGGAGAGAGAACCAGGUGAGCCUAAAUGGCUGGACAUCAUAGAGAAAGAUCUUCACCGACAGUUCCCUUUUCACGAGAUGUUUGCUGCACGUGGCGGGCAUGGACAGCAGGAUUUAUACCGUAUCCUGAAGGCCUACACUGUCUACCGGCCUGACGAGGGUUACUGCCAGGCCCAGGCUCCGGUGGCUGCAGUGCUACUCAUGCACAUGCCUGCUGAGCAAGCUUUUUGGUGCCUCGUCCAGAUUUGCGACAAGUAUCUUCCUGGGUAUUACAGCGCCGGGCUGGAAGCGAUUCAGCUGGAUGGUGAGAUAUUUUUCUCUCUCCUGCGCCGUACGUGUCCAAUGGCCUACCGCCAUCUUAAGAAAUUCAAGAUUGAUCCAAUCCUCUACAUGACCGAGUGGUUCAUGUGCAUAUUCUCACGCACCUUACCAUGGUCCUCUGUUCUGCGUGUCUGGGACAUGUUUUUCUGUGAAGGAGUGAAGAUAGUAUUUCGUGUGGGCUUGGUGCUGCUGAAGCAGAUGCUCGGCUCUGUAGAUAAGCUUCGGGAACUGCAGGGCAUGUACGAGACCAUGGAGCGCCUCAGAAACAUCUCACCUGACACUAUCCGAGAGGACAUACUGGUGCAGGAGGUCAUAAUGCUCCCAGUGACCGAGGCGCUCAUUGAGAAGGAGUGCAGCAUCCAGGUGAGGAAAUGGAGAGAGUCCAGAGGGGAGCUGACCCACCAGGCGGGCCGGCGGCUCCACGGUACAAGAGCCAUCUAUGAGUACAAGCGACGGGCUUCUGCCAUCAGCUCAGGUGGCAGCUUCUCUUUCCUCGGAAGCUCAGUUCCACCCCCAGGACCACUGCGGGCGUCUUCCAGCCUCCUCUCACUCCCUGGCUUCCGGAGAUCUAGGGCUCCUUUCCAAUCCCAGCCUAAAAAAGGCUCCUUCUCUGGGCCUUCAGGGAUGGAAGGUUUUCCUCCCCGCUCCCCUCCUCCUGCUGUGUCAAGUCACAAACCACCUAUUCCCCCAGGAGCGAGUCAGAAGGCAUCGGCGCUACAUGUCCAGAGCCCUUUGGUUGGAGGUUCAAUUGAAUCAUCGCACAGGUCAGCUCAAACUGCAGAGGGCACCUCAGUACAAAGCCAACCGGCUCCUCCAGCGCCCACACAAAGCACACCUCCGCCUAACACUCUGUCUCCCUCCCCUAAGAUCGUCUCAGAGCAGAUCACUCCUACCAUCCCCUCUCCUACGGCAAACAAUGUCCCUCUGCAACCGGAGCCACCAAAGGAAGGAACUCUAUCGGCGUCCGGAGAGGAAGAAGGAAAGACGAAAAGCAAGAAAAGCAAAGAAGACAAGAAAAAGGAAAAGGAAGAUGAGAAGAAAAAGAUGAAAGAGAAGAAGGAGAAAGAGAAGGCUGAAAAGGAGAGGGCCAAGAAGGAAAAGGAGAGGCUUGAAAAGGAGAAAAAGAAAGGGGGGAAGAAAAAGGACAAAGGGGGUGGAGAGGCAGAAGAGAAGAACGGAGCUGCUGCAGCGAAAGAUUCAACCUAGUUUUUUCACCCCAUCAUUCCAGGAUACUGAAAAAAGGG